CUUAAUUUCUUUUUCUGUUCGUCGUGAGUACUGUGAGUGUGGAGAUGGGUCUUGUUCAUGAUGAGGAGCACAUGUCUGAGUUUGUUGAAGCUCUUAGCCUCUUUGAUAAAGAUGGAGAUGGUUGCUCUGCGUUGGAGGAACUAGCCACUGUAAUCAAAUCAUUAGGCCAGGAUCCUAAAGAAGAAAUGUUAUUGCAUAUAAUGAGCAAAUUUAACGUAGAGGGCAAUGAGAACGUGGAAUUUGGGGAGUUCUUAAAUCAAAUGACUAGAAAAAUGAAGGAAACUGAUGCAGAAGAGGAACUGAGGGAAGUUUUCAAGGUCUUUGACAGGGAUCAGAAUGGGUAUAUAUCAGCCAACGAGCUAAUAAAUGUGAUGAUCAGUCUCGGUGAGAAACUGACGGAGGAAGAGGCGGAACAAAUGAUUAGAGAGGCCGAUUUGGAUGGCGAUGGACAAGUGAAUUAUCAAGAGUUUGUGCAACUGAUGCAAAAUAUCGUGAGUACUGUGAGUGUGGAGAUGGGUCUUGUUCAUGAUGAGGAGCACAUGUCUGAGUUUGUUGAAGCUCUUAGCCUCUUUGAUAAAGAUGGAGAUGGUUGCUCUGCGUUGGAGGAACUAGCCACUGUAAUCAAAUCAUUAGGCCAGGAUCCUAAAGAAGAAAUGUUAUUGCAUAUAAUGAGCAAAUUUAACGUAGAGGGCAAUGAGAACGUGGAAUUUGGGGAGUUCUUAAAUCAAAUGACUAGAAAAAUGAAGGAAACUGAUGCAGAAGAGGAACUGAGGGAAGUUUUCAAGGUCUUUGACAGGGAUCAGAAUGGGUAUAUAUCAGCCAACGAGCUAAUAAAUGUGAUGAUCAGUCUCGGUGAGAAACUGACGGAGGAAGAGGCGGAACAAAUGAUUAGAGAGGCCGAUUUGGAUGGCGAUGGACAAGUGAAUUAUCAAGAGUUUGUGCAACUGAUGCAAAAUAUGUAA